UAUUGAAGUUAUCGACAGCAACAAAAACGAAACAUCAGUGUGUCGGGUGGGGUCAGAUAUUUCACGCGACUCCAUAUUUUCUGUAAUAUUGCUAGGCUAUGCACUCUGUAACUGUAUUUUGGUUCUAAGUGAAGUUUGCACUGUUAGCAAUGCUCUGCAAGUGAUAUGAAAGCGAUCUAAAAUGGGGGUAGAAAAUAUGAUAAUUUUUCUUUUAGUUUGUGUGGGUUUAUGCAUGGCAGAGCCCUUGGCUUGGGAUGGAGGUCAAGGGAUCGACACUGGGGGAUUAAGCAGAGGUAGUUUUCCUGAGGGUUUUGUUUUCGGAACCGCUUCCUCUGCUUACCAAGUUGAAGGGGCUGCCAAUUCUGAGGGACGUGGGCCCAGCAUUUGGGAUACUUUUGUACAUGCACCAGGAAACAUAGCUGACAAUUCUACUGCAGAUGUUGCAGUGGAUGAGUACCAUCGAUACAAGGAAGAUGUAGAACUAAUGGUAAACAUGAAUAUGGAUGCAUACCGUUUCUCUAUAUCAUGGUCGAGAAUUUUUCCAAAUGGAACGGGUCCAGUGAACAACAAAGGUGUCCAGUAUUACAAUAAUCUCAUAAACCAUCUGCUUGAAAGAGGUAUUGUGCCCUAUGCAAAUCUUUAUCAUUAUGAUUUGCCUCUUGGGCUUGAACAAGCUUUUGAGGGUUGGUUAAACUCCAAAAUUGUGGAAGAAUACGCAAACUUUGCAGAAUUCUGCUUCAAAACAUUUGGUGACAGGGUAAAAUAUUGGAUGACGUUCAAUGAGCCUCGGGUUGUUGCUGCUCUUGGUUAUGAUAAUGGAAUAUUUGCUCCUGCAAGAUGCUCAGCUCCAUUUGGAAACUGUACUGCUGGAAACUCUGCAACAGAACCGUACAUCGUUGCACACAAUUUGCUGCUCUCACAUGCUGCUGCUGUAAAGAUUUAUAGAGAAAAGUAUCAGGCAGAGCAGAAGGGAAAAAUUGGCAUUCUUCUGGACUUUGUGUGGUUUGAGCCCCUUACAAAUUCCAAUGAGGACAUGGCAGCUGCUCAGAGAUCAAGAGAUUUCCAACUUGGCUGGUUCCUUCAUCCUAUUAUAUAUGGGAAAUACCCUGAUUCUAUGGUGGAAAUUGUUGGAACAAGGCUGCCGAAAUUUUCGGAAGAGCAAUCCAAAAUUGUUAAAGGUUCAAUUGACAUUUUAGGCGUUAACCAGUAUACAACUUAUUACAUGUAUGAUCCAAAACAACCCAAGCAAAAUGUAACAGACUACCAAAUCGACUGGAAUACAGGUUUCGCAUAUGCACGCAAUGGUGUGCCAAUUGGCCCAAGGGCAAAUUCAAACUGGCUAUACAUUGUGCCAUGGGGUUUGUACAAAGCGGUAAUAUACAUAAAAGAGCACUAUGGCAAUCCAACAAUGAUUCUAUCUGAAAACGGAAUGGAUGAUCCUGGAAAUAUGACCCUGCCUGCUGGGCUGCGUGAUACGACAAGGAUCAACUACUAUAAAAGCUACAUUAAAAAUUUAGUAGAUGCAAUAAACGAUGGUGCAAAUGUUGUAGGAUACUUUGCAUGGUCCUUGCUGGAUAAUUUUGAGUGGAGAUCUGGGUACACAUCAAGGUUUGGAUUGGUUUAUGUAGAUUUCAAAGAUCUUAAAAGAUAUCCAAAGAUGUCUGCCUAUUGGUUCUCCAAAGUUCUGCAACGCCAAUAGUCACUCCACUCCAUCAGUUUAUAUUAAAGGUAAGUAAUCAAAUGAAAGCAAAGCAUGCUUGUUUGUAAUUUGUAUGUCAUACGUUGUGUCACAUCUUUUGUGGGUAAUGCUUUAACAAGCAGAGCUGAUCAUGUAAGGCUAAUUAAAAGUGAUCUCAGAUAUUCUAACAUGUCCGUCUCCGAUUGUUUUUCAGUAAUGAAUAGUAAAGGAAGAAAAUUGUGUGGAUCAAA